AAUCGGUUAGCCUCUCUCUCCUCUGACUCUGACUCCUUCCUCCCUUGCCCAUCAUCGUUCGUUCCCCUCCCCUCCUCGAUUCCCCGUCUCCUCCGCGUGAGCUCGCCGGAGCACCGCCGGCCGAUCCCCCCCACCCCCGCCACGCGAGCAGCGCCGCUCGCGCGGCCUGCUGCCCCCGCCUCACCCUCGCCGGUGAACGGCGCAUGCCCCCCCGACGUUAGGUGUCGCGCCUGGAGACGCGGAGAUGGAUCCGAUGGAUAUCGUGGGGAAGUCCAAGGAGGACGUCUCCCUCCCCAAAUCAACAAUGUUUAAGAUUAUAAAGGAGAUGUUGCCCCCUGAUGUUCGAGUGGCAAGAGAUGCACAAGAUCUUCUUGUGGAAUGCUGUGUAGUCUGGUGGACCAUUGUGACGUUAUUAUCUGAGUUCAUCAACCUCCUAUCUUCUGAAUCCAAUGAAGUUUGCAGCCGAGAGGACAAGAAAACUAUUGCUCCUGAGCAUGUUCUUAGAGCUCUGCAGGAUCUUGGCUUUAGGGAGUACAUUGAAGAGGUUCAAGCGGCCUACGAACACCAUAAGCAUGAUACCCUGGAUUCUCCAAAAGCAAGCAAAUUCACUGGUGUGGAGAUGACAGAGGAACAAGCUGUAGCUGAGCAACAGAGGAUGUUUGCUGAGGCCCGAGCAAGGAUGAACAAUGGUGCCGCCAAACCGAAGGAGCCAGAACCUGAAGCGCAGCAACAAACACAACAGCCACCACAGCCUCAGCUGCACCCUCAACCACAGCAACCCCUGCAGCCUCAACUUCAGCUCCAUCCUCAACCACAACAACAGCCCUCACAGCUACAUCCUCAACAGCUGCUGCAUCCUCAAUCGCAGCAAACUCCGCAGCCUCAACCUCAGGUCCACCCUCAACCACAGCAGCCUCCACAGCUGCAACCGCAACCUCAGCUUCUCCAGCAACCGCAGCUGCCCCAACAGCUGCAGCCGCAAUCUCAGCUCCCCCCACAACCGCAGCAGCCCCCACAGCUGCAGCUGCAAUCUCAGCUCCACCCACAACCGCAGCAGCCCCCACAGCUGCAGCCGCAACCUCAGCUCCAUCAGCAACCGCAGCCGCAGGCAGAGCUGCAAUCACAGUCACAACCACAAACAGAACAUGGCUUGGACAGUUCAUGAUUCAGAUUCCAUGUUGUGUAGCCUCAGUAUAAGGAAAAGUUGGUGUACUUCCGCUGGCAUUUACUAGGACUCUGUGUGCCCCUUGAUAGUUUUAGGUUUCCAUGCUUCAUGUACAAUGUAAAUCCAGUGUGAUUUCAGUUACCAUGUUGCUAAUAAUCUGAAGCUCUCUCUAGUCACUGAUGUUAUUACUUUUCCAAACACCCUUUCUCUGACUCUAUGACUGUAGUAGUAUCAUGGCAUGUAUGAUGCCUUGUCAAAAGGGACUCCAUUAGCAGUGUAACUUGACUUUUGCCGAUGGCGAUGGUGAUUUCAGUGACUUGUUAAUUGCAAGGUGCCAUUUGUCUCA